CGCGGCCAUCAUCUUCCUCUUUCUUUCACGCGACCCCUUUGAAUAAGGUACUACCUUGUCUUUAAACCAGCUGUUAAGCGAUCCUUGGAAGCACUGCAAAGAUGCCCAGGGAAGACAGGGCCACGUGGAAGUCCAACUAUUUUAUGAAAAUCAUCCAACUUUUGGAUGACUAUCCAAAAUGCUUCAUUGUGGGUGCAGACAAUGUGGGCUCCAAGCAGAUGCAGACCAUCCGUCUGUCUCUGCGUGGCAAGGCUGUGGUGCUGAUGGGUAAAAACACCAUGAUGCGCAAAGCCAUUCGUGGCCACCUGGAGAACAAUCCUGCUCUGGAGAAGCUCCUGCCCCACAUUAAAGGGAAUGUGGGCUUUGUCUUCACCAAGGAGGAUCUGGCUGAGGUCAGGGACCUGCUGCUGGCCAACAAGGUACCUGCAGCUGCCCGUGCUGGAGCCAUUGCUCCUUGUGAUGUGACUGUACCAGCCCAGAACACUGGUCUGGGUCCCGAGAAGACCUCUUUCUUCCAGGCUCUGGGUAUCACCACCAAGAUCUCCAGGGGAACCAUUGAAAUCCUGAGUGACGUCGGUCUGAUCAAGACGGGCGACAAGGUUGGUGCCAGCGAGGCCACACUGCUCAACAUGCUGAACAUCUCACCCUUCUCCUUCGGCCUGAUCAUCCAGCAGGUGUAUGAUAAUGGCAGUGUUUACAGUCCUGAGGUGCUCGACAUUACAGAGGCUUCUCUGCAUGCCAGGUUCCUGGAGGGUGUGAGGAACAUUGCUAGCGUGUGUCUGGAGAUUGGCUAUCCCACUUUGGCCUCUGUACCCCACUCAAUCAUCAAUGGCUACAAGAGAGUCCUGGCUGUCGCUGUUGAAACAGACUACUCCUUCCCCCUGGCAGACAAGGUCAAGGCCUUCCUGGCAGACCCAUCUGCUUUUGCUGCUGUCGCAGCACCUGCAGCAGCUGCUGAAACUGCUGCAGCUCCAGCAGCUGCUGCCAAGGAGGAGGUUAAGGAGGAAUCUGAGGAAUCAGAUGACGACAUGGGCUUUGGUCUGUUCGACUAAUUCAAAUACUGAACAGAACCAGAUAAGAAUCAAAUAAGACCAUGAUUCAAUAAAAUUGUCUCUCUA